AUGGCCCCACUCGCCACUACAAUAGUUCCUGACAGUGGCCUCCGGGACAUCAGCAUUGACGUCAGUGAAGCCACAGUUCGCUUCAACGAGCCCGUCAACUCGAUGGCAAUCAGGGAGGCCACGCUGUACCAGCUGGACCCAAACAACGGCCCGGAACGUUACAACGAGGCAUGGUACUUCCCCAGAUGCCCAGCGGCGCAGAGGUGGCAAAGCUGCCGGUUACUCUCACCGACACGGUGGAGAUCAUUAUGUUACGAGCAGAUCAUCGUCAAAAACACUCGAAGCCCUCAAGAUCUCCCUGGGUGA